AUGGGUGAUAAAGGAGGAAAAUCAUGUCCGAUUUGCACCGAGGAGAUGGACCUGACUGAUCAGCAUCUGAAACCAUGCAAAUGCGGCUAUGAGAUCUGUGUGUGGUGUUGGCAUCAUAUAAUGGAAAUGGCACAGAAGGAUGAAACUGAGGGCCGUUGUCCUGCCUGCCGUUCAGCUUAUGACAAAGAACGCAUUGUGGCAAUGGCAGCUAACUGUCGAAGAUUGGUUGCUGAAAUGAAUUCACAGCAUAAAAAGAAACUACAGAAGGCAAAGCCUAAAUCAUCAGAUGGAAGGAAACAUCUUACUGAUGUUAGAGUCAUUCAGCGCAACCUUGUGUACAUAAUUGGACUGCCUCUUAACCUUGCAGAUGAAGAUUUACUUCAGCGUAGGGAGUACUUUGGAAGGUAUGGCAAGGUUUUGAAGGUAUCAAUAUCUCGUACAGCAACAGGCAUUAUUCAACAUUCUGCAAAUAACAGCUGUUGUGUGUAUAUAACUUACUCAAAAGAAUCUGAAGCAGUUCGAUGCAUUCAAUCAGUUCAUUUUUUUGUAUUAGAAGGUAGAUCGUUGAGGGCUUGUUUUGGAACCACAAAGUAUUGCCAUGCAUGGCUCAGAAAUGUGCCAUGCAACAAUAGAGAAUGCUUAUAUCUACAUGAUCACGGUGCUCACGAAGAUAGCUUUACCAAGGAUGAGUUAGUACUAGCAUUUGCAAGGAGUAGAGUCCUACAAAUCAUUGGUGCUACAAAUAAUUUGCAUCGCCGUUCUGGGAGUGUUUUACCUCCACCACCAGAUGAACCUAGACACAUGCCAUCAGCCACCAAAGUAGUGUCCAAAAGUCCUUUAGAUAUCCAGAUUACAGGAUCCUGUUCAAGCAAUGGAGCUGCUAAUUCAACAGCACUUCCUGCAGCAAACUCUUGGGCUAGGUGUGUAUCUGGCAGUCUUCUGCAGGAUACUAGUUCAUCGUGUUCUAAUAAUCUGGCCAAGAAAAAGAUUGAAGCAUCUAAUGGCCCCCAAUCCCAUAUGCCCGGAGUUGCUUGCACUGAAAGGUCUAUUCUUGAUACGAAAGAAUCGGGAGAAGGUGAAAAUAACGCGCAUUCCAAUAGUGUGAGUGUACCUUCAACAUUGAAUAAACAUCACAUUGGCGGAAAUUCUCAAACAUCAGCUUUUGUAGGCCUUGAUCAAGAUAAGGCUGCACCCUCAACGAGUACAAGCUUCCUGGAGACGGGCAGACCUCACAAUUUGAAUACUGACAAGGCAGUUUCAAAUCAGGAUGUGCAUGGCUUAUGUUCUGAGUUAUCAUCUGUUAGCAUCAACAGUAAUCUUAAAGAUUCAUAUUUCACUCGGGAUUCAGACAGGUUACUUUUUACUCCUAACUCAAUCAAUUCCUCUCCAGGGAAGCAUUUUCCUCAAGAUAGUGAAUAUUGUAAAGAUCAUUCAACCACACCAGCAUUUUGGGAAGAUAUAAUCGUGGAUGAUAUGCUAAAUAAAGACUUUGAUCAACAACAAUUCUGCAAAGGCAUUAACAAUUUAGCAUUCGAGCAUCAGUCACCUCAUUAUCCUCAGAAUCUAAACCAAUCUAACCAUCAACUGAAGCAUCAAAAUCAAAUUUGUAACCAGAAUCAUUUAACGAAACCUUCUGAAACUUUUACUGAACCCUUGAGGGCAGGAUUUGAGAAGAUUGUGGAGAGCGAGGACACUGGUUUAGAUGUUGAUAACAAGGUUGCUUCAGACACUGGAGAAAACAACAUUAUAUCUAACAUUUUGUCUUUGGAACUAGAUGCAUGGGAAGAUUCACUAGUUAAGUUGUUGGAUGAAACUGACGAACCAUACUCAUCCUUCAAAGCACCUGCUUUGCGGAAAAUCCAAGACAAGAAUCAGUCCAGGUUUUCCUUUGCAAGACAAGAUGAUUCCUUGAAUAAGACAUCUGUUUUGCAGCAAUCAUUUGGGAUUACCGAACAUGAUCCUAAAGGGAAUUAUACAUCUGGUGGUUAUAACACAAACAAAGAUAUGUUCGCUGUAAAAAAUCCAUACGCUUUCACAUCAAGCAGUUCUGUACUAUCAGAUAAAUUAGAUGGAAGUCCAUCAUUGGUGCCCACUAAAUUUUCCAUGGCAAAAGCUCAUGCUUCAAGUCCACCUGGAUUUUCAAUGUCAGGCAGAAUACCUCCUGGGUUUUCACGCGGGAGAGUAGAACAGGGUUGUAAUAGUUCUGUUGAACAUUUGCAACCACAGUAUGCUCCUCCAUCUGUAAAUAACGGAAGGAUAGGAGAUGCUGAAUUCAAUAAUCCUAUGGUAUUUGACCCUAGCAAGAGCCUUGUGGAAGAAAGGUUGAAUAGUGCACCUUUUAACCUGAGGCAAACUUUCCUUCCACAAUUUAGUCCUAAUGAAGAUGAUGCUAGACUUAAGUUGAUAAUGCAACAAUCUAUAGCUUCACAGAAUUUAAGACUUACAGAUCAUAAUGGAAAUAGGUUUUCCCCGCAAAGUGAUGCUUAUAGAACUCCUUCAAGGUUUCUUGAUCAAUUUCAGUCUAACAAUCCUUCAUUUUCUGAACAAAUGCGCUCUCAACAGUUCAGUAGUAAUAUUCUCGGUUCAAAUAACCAGCGGGGAAGUUGGAGCGAUUCCAUGUAUUUCAGUGGCCUAUCUAUGUCGGAAGUGUUGAAUAAUGAAAUAGGGACGUUUAACAAUUUCAUGCCCAGUUAUGAGAAUAUCAAGUUUUAA